AUGAAGGUCCUGGCUGUGACUCUAUUGGCUCUGGCGGCGCUCGCUUCCGCGAGGAACAUUGACCUCGAAGAUGUGAUCGAGCUUGAAAUGAUCACCGCAUAUAACUACCACAGCAAGAUUGGUAAGGGUUUGGCCGAGGAGAUCCGUGCAGCUGAACAGGAGUCAUCCAGAAUUGCUGGAGGUUCUACUGCCAGCGCUGGACAAUUCCCUUACCAGGCUGGUCUUAUUGCUGACAUGGGUUCCUGGGAGAGUGUGUGCGGUGGUUCUCUGCUGAACUCACGAAGGGUCCUCACUGCUGCUCAUUGCUGGAACGACGGUCAGAACCAGGCCAGGAGAUUCACUGUUGUUCUUGGAUCAGUCCGUUUGUUUAGUGGUGGCACCAGGUUGAGUACCACUAGCGUAGCUAUGCACGGAAGCUGGAAUCCCAACCUUGUCCGUAAUGACAUCGCCAUGAUCACUCUUCCCUCUGCCGUCUCUACUUCAAGCAGCAUCGGUUUCAUCGCUCUGCCCUCUGGUAACGAGCUUAACAACCAAUUUGCUGGCGCCACCGCUACCGCAUCUGGAUUCGGUAUUAACAGAGACGGUGGAGCUGUCAGCGGAUCUUUGUUCCACGUCAACUUACCCGUGAUCACCAACGCCGUGUGCCGCAACACCUUCCUCCUCAUUCAGUCUUCUAACGUUUGCACAAGUGGUGCCAACGGCAGAAGCACUUGCCGCGGUGACUCCGGUGGUCCUCUUGUCGUGAACAGCGGUGGCAGACGUAUCUUAAUUGGUGUAACCUCCUUUGGACACAUCGACGGCUGCACUCGUGGACACCCUGCUGCCUUCGCUAGAGUCACCUCCUACAUCAGCUGGAUUAACCAACGUCUUUAA